AUGGUGCGCGGAACCAGCCGCGUGGCGAAGAGAAGAACGACGGCGGGAGGCGUAGCAGUGGCCCGCGCUCACCGAAUCCGCGUCAGCACCGUGACAAGAAACGCGGAGGCGAGGGGCGCGUGUCCGAUCUGCGGCAGCACCGUGACGUGGGGCGCGGCGACGGCGCGCUCGCAUCAGGCCAGCGACAGCAUCGCGAUGGGGGGCACGCUGGCGGCGCGCGCUCGCCAGAUCCGCGGCCGCAGCGUGACGAGAGGUGCGAAGGCGGCUUCCGCUCGCCUGAUCCGCGGCCGCUGCAUGAGGAGAGGCGCGGAAGCAGUUACCGCUCGCCAAAUCCGCGACAGCGCCGUGACGGAGAACGCGGAGGCAGUGCGCACUCGCCAGAUCCGCAGAGACGCGAAGGUGGCUAUCGCUCGCCUGACACGCGACGGUACCAUGGAGGGAGGUGGGGAGGUGAGGCGCGCUCGCCAGAUUGGCGUCAGCGACACGAGGAAAGCUAGGGAGGCAGAUACCGCUCGCCGUCGCGGCAGCGGAGCAGGGAUGGAAGGCAGGGCGCUGGGUCUCGCUCGCCUGGGCGGUAUCGGCAGCGUGACGAAAGACGUGCCGGUGAAGGAGGACAGGAUCAACGCGGCAGCAGAGUGGGAGGCAGCGGGCUGA